CGAGCUCCCGGACUUCUGGCCACGUGCAGCUGCAGCUCCAGCUCCGGCGCCGCAGCAGAUCAGCAUCUCUGGGCGGCUGCGUCGGAAGUGUCUGCAGAGACCAUGCCGGUCGUUUGGAUGCUGCGGCGGGUUGCCAGCCAGAUGCUGCAGAGACCGGCCUGUGGCUGCCAGGCUCCUGUCCUGCCCAGCCGUUUUCUGGGCACCUCCCCUCAGCAGAUUCCAGCGGAUGCCAACUUCCACUCUACCUCGUUCUCUGAAGCAGACCAACCGCGCGUCUUAAUUACAGGGGGUCUUGGCCAGCUCGGAGUGGGGCUUGCUAGCUUUUUGAGGAAACGAUUUGGGAAGGACAACGUGAUUCUGUCUGACAUUCGGAAGCCCCCUGAGCACGUCUUCCUUAGUGGCCCGUUUAUUUAUUCCGACAUCCUGGAUUACAAGAAUCUGCGGGAGAUCGUGGUGAACAAACGCGUCACCUGGCUGUUCCAUUACAGCGCCCUGCUCAGUGCAGUGGGAGAAGCAAACGUGUCCCUGGCCAGAGCUGUGAACAUCACUGGACUGCACAACGUCCUGGACGUUGCCGAGGAGCACGGGCUGCGAUUGUUCGUGCCAAGCACCAUCGGGGCGUUUGGACCUACUUCUCCGCGGGACCCAACCCCCGAUCUCUGUACCCAGAGACCCAGGACUAUCUACGGGGUGUCCAAGGUCCACGCGGAGCUCAUGGGCGAGUAUUAUUAUUACCGGUAUGGGUUAGAUUUCCGAUGCCUGAGAUAUCCUGGAAUCAUUUCUGCUGACUCCCAGCCUGGAGGAGGAACGACUGACUACGCGGUCCAGAUUUUCCACGACGCCGUCAAGAAUGGCAGAUUUGAGUGCAACCUGAAACCCAGCACGAGGCUCCCGAUGAUGUACAUUGAUGACUGCCUCCGGGCCACCCUGGAGGUCAUGGAAGCCCCGGCAGAGUCCCUCUCCAUGAGGACUUACAAUGUCAAUGCCAUGAGCUUCACCCCCGCGGAGCUGGCCCAGGAGGUUCUCAAGCACGUUCCAGAAUUCCAGAUCACCUACAACGUGGAUCCUGUCCGACAGGCCAUAGCCGAUAGUUGGCCAAUGAACUUUGAUGAUAGCAACGCCCGGAAGGACUGGGGGUGGAAGCACGACUUUGACCUCCCGGAGCUGGUGACAACGAUGUUGAACUUCCACGGUUCCGAGAGCAGAGUUGCCCAGGUUAACUGAAGGGGCCGGAGGAAGAGCUCGUGAGUCUUGGGCGGCUGUCCAGGGAAAGUCAAAACAACCCCGAGGAAUCUAGAUGACGUGGAGUUGAAGCCCUAACUGGACUGAGUUUUCGCAGCUCAUAUGGAACUGCCACAUGGAGAACUGACUUGGCUUUAGCGUUUCCUCAAUGCUGUAGGUUUGGUGGCAGGACCUCUGGAGCUUUUGCUGUCUGCCUAAACUUGUCCAAACACACAAAUCACAGAAGGAAGACUUAAGUCAUAAUAGUUUUCCACUUCCUUAGUUAAGAUGAAGCAACCAUUUCCGAGAAGGUAGAAGUAUGUGAUUAUGUAUAAAAUUAAACUUAAAUAUCA